AUGGCGGAAGGUGGAGGAGAAGUGCCGCAAGACCUGGUUCCUAAAAGAGGCUCCAGCUCCGUUAUCUGGAACUGGUUUGGAUUCAAAAAGUCUGAUACGGAGCAGAAAGUCGUAUUAUGCAAAGUUUGCAGACAACCUGUGACGACAAAGGACAGCAACACUACAAAUUUAUUUCACCACCUAAAACACAAACACAAACCGGAAUAUGAAGCUAGUCAGAAGAUGCGCUGCGAUGCAGCAGAAGCCUCGACGAAAACCUCUUUUAAGAAACCAACUUCAACUCAAACAAAACUUGCCGACGCGUUUUCUCAUUCCACACCGUAUGAUAGCCAAAGCAAGCGAUGGAAAGAGUUAACAGAGGCCGUUGCGUUUUGCCUGGCUAAAGAUAUGUUGCCGCUUCAAUCUGUGGAGAAGGAGGGUUUCAGGCGUAUGGUCCACAAAAUGGACACUCGAUAUAAGAUGCCUUCACGGAAAUAUUUUUCCAAGACAGCCUUGCCUAAGAUGUAUGACGAGUGCCGUGAUGGGCUACAAGCGAAGCUAUCAACAGUGACGUUUUUUGCUUCAACCACAGACAUGUGGAGCAGCCGAGCGACUGAGCCAUACAUCAGUCUUACGGUGCACUACAUAACGGAUGACUGGAGUUUAAAUAGCAACUGCCUACAGACGAGUUUUUUCCCGGAGGACCACACGGGUGAAAAUAUUGCGAGUGGUUUGAAACAAUUUUUACAAGAAUGGAAACUUGACGAGGCCAAACAGGUGUGCGUGACCACGGACAGUGGGGCCAACGUUGUCAAGGCAGUCGCGUUGAACAAGUGGACAAGGCUGUCCUGCUUCGGACAUAAUCUGCACAUUGCUGUUGAGAGAAGCAUGAGGGACAGCAGGAUUGACAGAGCUGUGGGAGUCAGCAAGAAGAUAGUCAGCUUGUUUUCACAUAGCUGGAAAAGGCAACGUGCUCUUAAAGCUGCACAAGAGGAGCUUGGACUUCCUCAACAUAAACUGGUGACCGAAUCUCCAACACGAUGGGGCUCCAGGCAGAGGAUGAUUCAGCGGCUUCUUGAACAAGAAAAGGCCAUCACACAAGUCCUGGCUGCUGAAUGGUCAACCAGGCAUCUGGUGCUGAAGUGGCAAGAUGUUGACGUUCUUGAUGCUGUCAGCAAGGCAUUAGGACCUCUGCUUGAUUUCACAGAUGCCCUCUCCUCAGAGAGUUAUGUGACAGUGUCAUGCCUGAAGCCUAUUCUUCACCUUUUCAGUAGCAAGCUUCUACAGGAGAAGGAUGAAGAUUCUGAUCUCACCAAAACCAUCAAAAAGUCAGUACUGGACUAUCUGACAACAAAAUACAGUGACCCAGAUGUUGUGGAGCUGAUCAACAUGGCAUCAUUUCUGGAUCCACGCUUUCGUACACAGCACCUAAGUCAGGAAGAGAUCCAGGUCAUCAAAGCCAAAGUGGUCACAGAGGGGGAACCUGUGUCUGCCACGCCAAGUGGCCCUGCUGAAACAUGCCAGGGUCAAGAAACUGAGGACAAACAACAGAGGAAGAAACAGAGGAAGAGUCUGGGAAGCUUUCUGAAAAAAGCAGCUGCUGCUGAAGUCUCCACCAGUGUCCCUUACAGUGACAGAGUUGAGGCCGAACUAAGCAGUUAUUUAUUUGGACAACUGGCAGACAGUGAGAGUGAUCCACUUGCAUGGUGGAAAGUGCAUGAGGUGAAUUUCCCUCUGAUGAGUCAGUUAGCAAAGAAGUACCUGUGCAUCCCUGCAACAAGUACAGCCUCAGAAAGGGUCUUCAGUGCUGGAGGUAAUGUGGUAACUUGCCAGCGAUCUCUUCUGAAACCAGCCACAGUUGAUAUGCUGGUCUUUCUAACCAAAAAUCUAAAGGUGUAA